AUGCGUAAGCUGCCGCUGUUGCCCAUAAACAACAAGAAAUCAUUCGGGGAAUGCGAACUAUUCACCAAUUCUGGUGCGCCAGGAAUACCACUUCUGUCUGCACUCUUUACGGACCCUGAUAAAAAUAUUAUUUUACGAUGGUCCAAUCAAAGAGAUUUCGGUCCUAGUCUUGGAUUUGGAGAGGUUAAAGUGGCGAACCCUACAACUGACAACCACGCUCUCUGUCUUGAUCUCCUUCGUCUCGGAAUCUUCAGCAAAGACACGGUUGAUAUGAAUAAAUUGCAGGCAUCUUUCAAGUUAUUACAACUCGACUGGGUUUACAUAUCCGUAAGAAAAAUUUGGGUUUUCCACAUCAAUGGCUUCACCAUCAUCUUUUAUUUGAUGCGCUUACAACAUGAUGGUAUUUACAUUAUGCAAGAAAUUGAUCGUGUUGCAUUUCCUGCGUCGUUACAAUAUUUGGCCGUUUUUCUCAGUUUGAAAAACAUUCGCACGUUGCUUAUGGUAUCAGAUGUGUUUUGGCGUCACUGUAAGUCAGUGAAUGAUGAUUCAAUGGGAUUCGAUGCGCCGACCAGCUCACCCAACCAUUUUUAGUUUGAUCCACGCGAGUUAAGACAGGCAUCGAUUAUGUGCACUUGAAUCUACCUGUUAAUAACAAAUGAAUGGUCCUAUUGCU